AUGGAGACACAUGUAUCGUCAAACCAUCUCUACGCAACGCAGAUCAAAGAAUAUGGCAAUUUCCUGAAGGAUUACGACCGAAAGCUGGCACAGUUCCAUCACUCCGCUCUGACGAAUGGACCAGUGCCGAGUAUCGUACGACUAGAUUAUGCGUGCAACAAUGAACAACUAUCGCUCGCUCGCAUGAUAGCAAGUAACAGCAUCAAUAGCGGGAAGUCGAAUAACUCCAAUCCCGGCAACAGUAACAUGCCACUGAACAAGCUUUUAGCCACUUUCGCGCAACUGUGUUGUGAGAUCGAUUGUUUGGAAAAGGAGGUUAGAACGCUGGCGGGAAAGAUCUACGAUCGUACAGAAUCGUUCCGUAAUGUCGAAAAUACGGAACGGCCACCAGUACUGUGGAUUGCGGACAACAUCGAUUUAAUGAGCGAAGUACAGUUCAAUUACGAGCGAAUGCGGGAUGUCGGCGUGCUGCUGUUACGCCAGAUCGGUGCCUUUUUCGAUGAGGAAGGUUCCUACGGACGUGGCAAGCGGACGAAAAAGAUGGGACUCGAAGGAAAGUCUCCACCGUCGCUGGAAGUGGACUACCUAUUUGACUAUAUUGGGAAACUGUUACGCGUGGUACUGGAACUCGAUCACAUCCUAUGGAAAACCUUCCUCAAAGCGCACUGGCGAUCCUUCGUUCACAAGCUACGCCAAGCGACUAAAAUUGCCUCAUCACACAAGGUAGCCUACCACGAUCUGCUAUGCGUGUGUCGAGCGAUAUGUUUCUGGAUUGGCGAUGACAGUACACCGGACAUAACGGGAGAAAAGCGCCUGCUUGAGGCACUGUACAAGGUGAAAACGCAUUUCGAUCCCGUUUGCUCCGGGGAAGCAUUUAGCGAUCGAUUUAUGAAGUUUUUGAAGCGCAAACUCACAACUCUUGCGUCGACCGUCCGGACCACCGCGAAUGGGAUUGACUACACCCAAUCUAACAACAUCAUUGGGGUGAAUGUGUUGCUAAACUUUGCGCUGUACCUGUUCCUACCGAUCGAGCAGCGUAUGUUGAAGAAUCUUUUCGAGCUAAAUCUCAAGUUUCCACUUAUACCAUUGGACAACAAUUUUCCCUGGUUGCCGGAUGAGUUCGUACAGGAGCACGGCCAUAAGUUAUUGCGGGAUUACGAUGCUAGUACAGCACCCAUCUCCGUCAGCACACCAUUAUCAACAUCAUUCGAUUACCAGAAGGCACGGGACGCAUAUCUGCAUACGAUUGAAAAAUCAGCCAUACCGGCUGUGCUUUGUCAGCACGCGGCUAGCUGGUUGGUGGAAGCGCACGUACAGCUUCGUAACCGUCCACCCACACCGGGAGCGUCCCGGGAGGAUGGUAACUUUACGCUCGAAAACUUACGCAUUAAAUGUGCACUGUUGCUGGAGGGAAUACGACUCGUGCGCGAAAUGGAGUAUGUGGUCGGUACGCUGUAUGCACUUUACGGUCGCAACCCGACAGAGAAGACGGACCGUUUGAUACAGUAUCGGCGCAUGGUGGUUGAGUUUUUGCUCUCCUCCACAUGUCGCUCUAUUACUGUGCCUUGUCUGCAGUUUAUCGUUCAACACCAGCAGCAUAAAAUUUAUACCAUCGUAAACAAUGCCAAGAAAAAACUUCUUCGUGAAGCGAAGGAAUCAAAAUCAACCGCUAGUGGUUCGCUUUGGCUGGAAAAGCUUUCAACGAUCGACGUGCUGGAAAAGUGCCUCCACGGUCCAGCCACACCAGACCGGGUGGGUUUGGCACUGGUAACGAUUGAACUGUGCCACGGAAACUCAUCCAGUUCCGGAACGCCACUUCUAGCCAUUACGGACGAUGCGUACCGUAAGGUGGAAUCGUUACUAAACCGGCUCGCUACCUUUAUCGCUUGGGAGGAAGAAUGUGAGCGAAUUGAUGUGGCCGGCAAAUAUACACCACUGCUUGGCCAAAGCGCUCGCCAGGAUGCACUUUCUGCGAGUGUCGUUCCCAUGAGCAAUCGAAUUGAAGCAUUCAUACGGUGGGAUUUCCAUGGUAAAUGGCAUCAAAUCGAACCAUUCGAUCCAUUCCGAGAUGGUACCGAUACCGGGAUGGCCGAUCAGAACCACACCCAGAAGCUGGUGUUUGCGUUUUUACGCACCAAACUAACGCAGGAAACGAACGGCCGGUGGCUCUGUACACGACACUCGGUAGCGCAACAUUUGAGCGAUGUAUUUUACACACUCUCGACGAUUUCACCUUCCGAGUGGCGCAUCUACCGUGAGAUGCGCUCGAUCGUGGACCGUAAGUACGGUAUACGGUUGGUGGAGGAUCAGUUGCCACGGACCACGGCCGAGGAUAGACGUGGACCGCGUGGUCACGGACAGGACGAUGAUGUGCUCGCCCUGAUGGAAGACUUUGAAACGUUUAUCGGUGCGUACGGGUACGACUUGCACGGACAAUUGUUUAUCGAACGGCAGCAGGCAGCGGCUGGUAGUGGAGGUGUGGUAAAUGUGGUUAAGAUAGAACACAUUGCCAACUCAAUCAAGCGACACGGUCCGGGAAUUAUAAGCACGGUGGUAAACUAUGCAUUCCAGUUCUUGCGCCAGAAACUGUUCACGUUUUCGCACUUUUUGUACGACGAACAAAUACACUCCCGGUUGGCGGCGGAUGCAAAAAAACUGGCCACCGAAAGUGCCGUUGUUACUGGUACUGGUACAACCGCCGCAAACGUACCUUCUGGCGUGAGUACGGCCAGUUACACGUAUGACCGUGCACUAGCCUUUAACCGGCGCAUUCGCAAUCUCGGUCUGUCGGACGACGGUGAAACGUACGUUGAUUUGUUCCGUAAACUAAUCUGUCAAAUUGGAAAUGCGAUGGCAUUUGUACGGAUGCUUCAUGCCGGUGCGCUACACGAAUGCACCGGAGCGGCAGAAUUCGUUUCCAACCCACCGAUGUCAACCGAAGCAACGGAAAACGAACCAUCGGAGGGAAAUGGCUCGAACAGUUCAAAUCCUUCGGCUGUAAAUAUAUGGCGGCAGGAUAUGGCUACCGUGCGUGCUAGCUGGCGCUUGGAGAAUGAUUUUUUCCGUUUGCUUCUUAACGCGUUCGAUGGCUUUCGACGUCGGCGGGCGAAUCAGGCGGACGGCGAGGAAGGCCUACCGCCAGCGGACACUUUUGCGCAUUUGGAGCUGUUCUACCUGAUCAUUCCACCGCUCACGAUCAGCUAUGUGGAGGCGAUGCUUAAGGCGAAGGAAACGAUCGCUAAAAAGGAUCGACACGGAACGUUCCUGCCAACGGACGAUGGUUUCGUUAUGGGACUGUCCUAUUUGCUGACGCUGCUCAACCAAACGGCUGCCUUCAAUUCACUGCACUGGUUCAAGGAGGUACACACCAAAUAUGCACGCGAGAUGGCAAAGCUCAAUCAACAGACGGCGAGCGGUGUGGGAAAUCCGCUCCAGACGGCGGCAACAGAACCGUCGGAUGAAAAAAUGCUACCGACGGUAUCGCUCACCCGCAAACGGUUGAACGCGAUGCAGCACGAGUUCGAGCUGUUGCAGUACAAUCUUUCCAGUUCGAAGAUUUUCUUUAAAUAG